GAGAUGUCAAUCAAGACUUCUUCCUGUCGAGCAACAGCUCUCAUGGGGUGGGUCUACGUUCUCUUAUUUAUUUUAUUCUAUUUUCAUCCUCCCAUUCCUCUUCUCACUUUCAUCCCUCAUCGGUGUAUGAUCACCCUGUCAGACACAGCACUCUUUUUAGUUUUUUUAUGGGGGCUGAAGAAAAGGACAUAUCGUGCUCUCGUGCCGAUUAUCCUUCAUCAUCCCUCAUCUUAUUUAAUCUUUGUCAGACUACGGUGACGCCCAUGAUCGUCCCUCUCCCUUGAAAUGAUCCCUUUACACAAUUCAAUCCCUAUCAUCUUUUUAUGCACUGCUUUUGAAGACAGAAAUUUUAACAGAGCUUGUUUACUUGCCUCCGUUUUUUUUUUACGCUCACUCAACAUCUAGCCUCCUGGGAAGAGGCCAUUGCUCAACAAGACGACUCAUAUGCUACCCCGGCCCACACUCACACAAGCUUCGACGAAGCCUCACUGG